AAAAAAGAAAGAAAAAUCAAGAAUAGAUUUUUAAAGUUUUGUAAUUUUGAAAAUAUACCCAUACCCCUCAGCAUAUGCACCCUGCCAAAAGUGCCAGUGACACAGUUUUGGUAUAUUUUUAACUUUGAAUCUUGAGAUUCAGGCCCUACUCCCUCACAAUUUACAUUCAUUUACAAAGAAGAGAAGACAACCACCCCCCUUACUUCAUCUCCACAAUCCAAUCCAAUCCAAUCAUGCCUUCAGGUUCUAAGAAGCGAAAAGCUGCCAAGAAGAAGAAGGUUAAUGACUCAUCCACACCUAACCCUCUUCAAGUGGUUGCGGAAGGGAAUGAUGGUGCGACGACGACAGUGGAGGUGGUGAAGAGGGAAGAUUGUUCAUCCGAAACGAUAUCAAAGGAUGCUAAUGAGGAAGAGGGUAACGUUGAGGUUGAAACCGUGUCGAAAUCGAAGGAUUCUAAUGGAACUAGUUCGAGUUCUAGUGAUAGUUCGGAUGACGAGUCUCGUGUGGUUGAAAAGGAGGUCGUGGUUGUUGAAUCUGCUCCGGUUGAAUCGGUUACGGUUAGUGAAUCUUUAGUUGAAGAGAUAUCCCCAAUUGUUGAUCCGGUUAAGCCGGUUGAUUCGUCAUUAGAACAAGUGUCACAAGUGUCACAAGUGUUUGAUGAAAUUAAGAAUGAGGAGAAAAAAGAUUUGGUUGUGGAGGAAACACCUGUGGUUGAAGAACCACUGACGGUUGAUGAUUGUGAGACUGCUGUGAAGGAUGAUAGCCCGGAUUCUACUGUAGUUGUUGAAUCGGUUUUGAAAGAAGAUGAGGUGGAAAGAUUGCAGCCGUUGGUUGAAAAGACUUCUUUAGAAUCGAAGGAUCAUGUAUCGUCUUCUACACCUCCAAAAGACUCGGUUACUGACAUUAAUGGCGCAGAUUGUGCAAAUGAAAUCGAGACAAGUGAACACUCUGAUAGACAGGCUCCCGCAGCUUCAACUCCAGUAGCAGUGCAAAAUACGACCUCUUGGAAGAGCUGCUGUGGAAUAUUCGAGUUGUUCUCAGGAUCUGGGCGGUAAUAUCAGAAACCGAUCAUCAUAUCGAGCCAUGGGACCGCUAGUCAUUUCAUGAACUUGUUCAGGGUAGCUCGCCGUUCUUCGUUUACUUUUCGAUCUUUUUUUGUAUUUUUUCCUUGCGAUAUCGGAUAGUAUUUUCGGUUUUAUAUUUUUGUGGGUGUGUUGUUAUGGAGCUGAUUUUGUGUGAAAUAUGUUGGUGCAUUGGUACAUGAUUAUAUGUUCUUAGUUAUACAAGUGGAUGUGGUCAUUAUAGCUUCA